AUGCAAAAGAGUCUUUUCCUUUCAUCCUCUUUCAGCCUCCUCAUCAAAAAGAAUACCAACGCUCUUCCACAGCUCGCUAUCUCAUCAUCAUCAUUUUUGAAGCAACAAUUACAUCAACAAGAACGAGAAUUUUCUCAAACUAUUCUUCCAACCAUGAGCGCUCAAAUUUAUAACGAAAAUUUAAAGCCUAUCAUUGAAAAACAAUUGAACGAAAUCAGACAAGCAGGAACAUACAAGAAGGAAAGAGUCAUCACUUCUCCUCAAGCAUCAAAGAUUACAACACUUCAAACCGGAAAGAAUGAGGUCUUGAAUUUCUGUGCCAACAACUAUUUGGGAUUGAGCGAUCAUCCAGAGUUGAUCAAAGCAGCAAAGAAGGCUCUUGAUACUCAUGGUAUGGGUCUAUCAUCGGUUCGUUUCAUUUGUGGUACUCAAGAUAUCCAUAAGGAAUUGGAGGCUAAAAUUUCAGAGUUCCACGGCACGGAAGACACCAUUCUCUAUCCAUCAUGUUUCGAUGCUAAUGGAGGCUUGUUUGAGUGUCUUCUCAAUGAAGAGGAUGCUGUAAUCAGCGAUGCUUUGAACCAUGCCUCAAUUAUUGAUGGCAUUCGUUUGUGCAAGGCCCAACGUUUCAGAUACAAGCAUAUGGACAUGGCUGAUUUAGAAAGACUUUUACAAGAGACUCAAAGUGCUCGUACCAGAUUGAUCGCAACGGAUGGUGUGUUCAGUAUGGAUGGAGAUGUUGCGCCACUUCCAGAAAUUGUGAAAUUGGCUGAAAAGUAUAAGGCUAUCAUAUUUAUCGACGAAUGUCAUGCAACUGGAUUCUUUGGAAAAACUGGUCGUGGAACUCCUGAACAUUUUGGUUUGGAAGGAAAGAUUGAUAUCAUCAACAGCACUUUGGGAAAGGCUCUGGGAGGUAGCACCGGUGGAUAUACGACAGGAAGAAAAGAAAUUAUUGAAUUGUUGAGACAACGUGCUCGUCCAUACCUCUUUUCCAACUCAUUGGCUCCUCCAGUUGUUGGUGCAUCCCUCAAAGUUUUCGAAAUGAUCUCAAAGGAUACUACUCUCAGAGAUCGGCUCAUGGAAAAUACGAAACUUUUCAGACAAUCCAUGAAGAAAGCUGGUUUCGAAAUUAUUGGCGACGACUCUUGUCCAAUUGUUCCUGUCAUGCUUAGAGAUGCAAGACUAGCAUCAGAAUUUGCGGAUGAAAUGUUGCAACGAGGUAUUUAUGUCAUUGGAUUCUCAUAUCCUGUUGUUCCAAAGGACCAGGCAAGAAUCAGAGUUCAAUUAUCUGCUGGUCAUUCCAAGGAACAAGUGGAGAAAUGUAUCAAUGCUUUCAUUGAGGUUGGAAAACAAAAAGGAAUUAUAAAGGUUUAG